CGGGACGGCAACGUCCAUAAAAUCUUCCGCAGCCAUGGCUAUCCCCCUUUGGAACAAGGCCAUCCUCGUCGCGCUGACGGUUGGAGUGAUUGUGUGCUUUGUCUACGUCGGCACGCUCCCGCCCGCGUACGCCAACCAAGAUCCCCCGCCGUUCCACACCGCUGCAUGCGCCGCCUGUGCCAACUACUCCACAUGCCCCAACGUGUUCGACUUGGGCGGGUCGGUUGACAUGAACGAAGGUUUUGUGUGCCGUAGCGGGGACGUGACGUGCUGCUGUCCACACAACGACCCCAAGUACAGCGUGCGGUGUGCCGAUCAAUUCAGUGGCAACUACAUCCCGUCGAAGUGUCAGUGCCGGUACGAGCGACUGUGCGGCGAGUCGUGCUUUUUCAACGAAGGCUUGGCGCCGAUGCUAAUUGGGAUCGCGGGAUGCAUUGUGCUGGUUUGCUUUUCCAUUUGCACGUGUUGCUGGCACUGCCGCUCACGGCGCAAUGCUCCACCGCCAACUGCGAGGGCGAAGUGUUUAUGUGGAUGAAUCAAUCUGGACUCUGCUUUGGAAUAUGGUUUCCAGUAAAAAAACGAUGGCCGACCUGCUCCACUCUGCAAGACAUGGC